ACAACUCGUGCUGAAGAAUAUGUCCCGGAAGUAUAAUACGUUUUUAAAUAUCUGCAGUGAAAUAAAUCAUUUCUAUUCUAUGUAAGAAUAAAAAAUAAGUUCUUAAACACAUUUUGAAUGAACCAUUAUUCAGCAUGGAUACAUCCUCUGAUGAAGCCGAUGACUGGUUUAUUGAUUCUCUAAACACGUACAAAGACCUGCAUGUUUUUCAACUCGAGCAUCCCACAAAAGUGAUAGAGUGGACUGGUGACAAACGUAUUUGUGUGGCAGGAUACACUGGAGCAAGAAGUGAAAUCUUGGAGUUACUUCUGCCUCUGAAAUUAUAUGCAGGAGACAACCAGGGUCUUUGUGCAGAACGAGACUUCAAAGUACAGCAUGGAGGAUUUUCAGAAGAACCUGUUGAGUGUUUGAUACAUAUCCCUGAAACAAGGUUUGUGGUGACAAGUGGAGGUUCAAGUCCAGCAUUGCAGAUUUGGGAUAUUGGAGGAGAUGAUAGUGAUGUUAUAAAAAGGACUGGAGUCAUAAACCCCAAAAGCACAUCAGCAAAAUGCGGUAAAAUAGCAUCUGGUUUGACUGAGAAUCCCACAGUCCUUCAUGGUUCUUAUACUAGUGACGUUCAACUGACAGAGUUAGCAACAGGAAGAGUUUUGUAUACAGUAGGAAACGAGUCCUCGGAUUUAGUGAGCGGCUUGCAGUUUGUUAACGCUUGUGUGUUUCUCAUUUGUACAAGCAAUGGUGCCCUGCUUAUGGGAGACAUAAGAGACCCUCUGACCUGUCAUUAUCCUCUAAAGGAAAGUAUGAGCGGACUACACUGGUGUUUUGGAUUGAGAACGAGCAGUUCUCAAUCAGAUCCGUCCCUCUGUACUAUAGCAAGACUUUCUUCAUCUGGUCACAUGGUUCUGUCUGAUCUGAGAGAUUUACAGAAUCCGUUUUGUCAAACUCAACUAAAUGUCCAACACAGCUCAGCGAAGAAUGAAUUUCUGAUCGUGUCUUGGGCUUCUGUUCUUGACAGCUGUCUUUCUGUGUCUGGGUUUGAUGGAACAGUACAGGUCUAUAACACACGGAAUUGGAGUACAGAGGCACAGACCCCUCAGCCUGUUUUUUCACACCGAGGUCAUGAUAUGUCAUAUGAAGCUAAAUGCAGUGGUUCCAGACCUGUGGUUACUACCCACGCUUGGCAUCCAUCGCGACCAAACACUCUUCUCUCGGCAGCUACUGAUGGAUCUGUACAUGUAUGGGACUGGGUGGACAAAACCACUGACACAUGAGAAUCUGUUGGGGUUCAUUAGAUUAAAACUAUUGUGUGUGUAGUGGUAAGCACACAUCCCCUUGAUUCUGUUUUAAAAGUCAGAUAUGUUAAAAUGUUAAACAGAUUUCCAUAACAUCACGUUUCCACUGAGAGUUUGCAAUUCUGUUGUAAGUUCUUGUAAUAGUGUAGUGCUUUGAAUGUAAUAGUAAACAAUUGAAAGUCUUGGAGGUUUUCUCUGAUACUUCCAAAACAGACACCAAGAAUCAGUUAUUAGAGCUCUGUUUCAAACAACGUAAGCUUAGUAGGGCCUGUGAAUCUCUUGGGCCCUGUCCACACUAACAUGGCUAUUUUCAAAUCCACAGCUUUUUUAUGCAGUUUGGCCGUGUGUACUGUGGGAAAUAUUAUUCAGAAUAUGAGUAUGAAGUAAUUACUAUAUAAUCAAUAAGUGAAUUUCAUUAAUAAUCAUUGCAUUGUGUUUGUUUAAAUGUGUUUGCUGUGUUGCUCAGUGAAAAUUUCUGUCGAUUAGACUGUUUGUAACAGAAAAACAGGAAACUAGCUUAACCGCAGAAGAGGAACUAACUGUGUGUACGUGCAGAAUCAUCACAGCUCGUUUUGACGAGUCUAACCAACUAACACACACAGAGUUAUGAAUUAAUCCAUUGCAUAUGUUUUAAGUAUAAUCAUGAGUUUUGAUGUGUUUUAUUGAACCAUAGGAUUAAGAAGCAACGCUGCAUAAUCAAAGUAUUAGAUGAUUGAGUGUUUUUUACUGAAAGUAUUUUGACAUGUUGUCUUGCGAUAUGAAACUGUCUCGAGGGGGCACUUCCUCAAAUUAGCGAAGAGAAGUGUUGCAAAAACAUGUUUUGCAGAAACUGGCGAAGGAGGAAUGGAGUCAGAUACACGUGGUACACGGUGGUCGGUGGAAAGAGAGCAACACCCCUUAAAAGGCAAAACGGGUCAGAAGAUAGAACGACGUCACAUACUGUAUAAAUAUGCAUGUCAGGAAAUGAUCUGGGUUGUUGGCUUUUUGGAGAGAGAGUGGUGAUUUACUGGCAACCCAAAGCUUUGUUACUCCUUUUUACAUCUGAUAAUA